AUGUCAUUUAACAAUCCUUUUAAUGAAGAUUUGGAAAGAACAGCUACAAAUCAAUCACAUAGAUAUAAAGAUUAUCCUGAAUUUGAUUCCUUAUCAACCAGUAUAGAUAACCAAUUACACCAUAUUAAUUCUCAAUUAUUAGCUAGUAUAAAACAAGAUUUAAAAGAUUAUGAGAAUAAUAAAUCCGAUUUGGAAUUAUCUGAGAAUUUAAGUAAUCAAUUUAAGAAAACAACUGAACUGUUUAAAAAAUUAAAUGGAUUUGUAAAGAAUUUAAAUCAAACUAUUGAAGCAGCUGAGAGAAAUCAUGAAGAUGUUGAAAUUAUUAAUUAUCUUAAACAAAAAGAAGGAAUUCAAAUUAAAUUAAUUAAAGAUGCAUUAGGUAAUUUUAAAAAUUAUCAAAAACGUUUUGAAUCUUAUAAAGUUAGUACUUUACCUGAAGAAUCAAGAAAUGGUAUCGAGCAGGGAGAAACAUCUGGACAAGAACAACAACAAGUACAAAUAGAAUAUGAACCUAUUAAUGCAGAAGAACUAGAGCAACAAACUUUAUUGAUACAAGAACGUGAACGUGAAAUACAACAAAUUCAACAAGAUACUCAAGAAAUUAAUGACAUUUUCAGUAAUCUAUCGUCUAUUAUUAAUGAACAACAAUUUCAAAUUGAUAGUAUUGAAAAUAAUAUCUUUAGUUAUAGUUCAAAUGCAAGAGAAGCAGAUACUGAAUUAAGAAGAGCAUCAAGAUAUCAAAAACGAUCUAGUGGUAGGUUAUUGUGUUGUUUAUUGAUACUUAUCGGUAUCCUGGCGUUUAUAAUUCUUAUAGGUUUGAUUUUCUAG